UAAUAUGUAGGGUUUUAAACACAUACUGAUAGGGCUACACAAAGGGGAAAUUUCACAUAUCUGUAUUGUGUCCGGGAGGUCAUAACAUCUGGCUCAAGCACUGAAGAAGUCAGAAACAACUGAAAGGUAUUACUGCAGCUACUCAGAAACAAGCAUUAUAUUCAAAGUUAUGUCUUCACCUAGUCGGGCAGAUUCGUCAAGCAAAAAUCACUUCAUUCAGUGAAAAACAAUACUUCAUCUGGUCAGACUGAUUGUCAAGCUGUAGUAUGUAUAUGUCCCUAAACCGUCACAUAAGGGAAUGUAUAUUAAUCGUUGGUGGACAAUAUUUGAUUUUUCCACUUCCAAUUUGCUUUAUAUACAAUAUGUUUCUCUGACAGAGACAAUUUGACUUAACGAGGACUAACCCAUUCCGAGCAAAACAUAAUCACAAAUUUAACACUGAUUAGCAGGUGAUCAUUUAUUAUCAUCUUUGAAAACACUAGAAUAUCAGAUAUUAUGAGAUGCUAUUCACAUGUACCACAGAUUUAAGUUUAAUGAAAUUCCGGAAGGACAUAAUUAGUCCCUAAUCUGGAUUCAUCUGAAUGAUCCACCUCAACCUCAGCCCCAGCAUGAUCACUCUUCACACCUGAAGUAAUAUCGGCACGUCUCGUGACUUUCCGUAAUGUCCCGAAGUUGGUCUAAAAUUAGAUCGCGGGAAUUUCAUAGGGGAUUUCUUCGUUGCCUGCCCGUUGGUUUGUCGUGACGAUCCUUCACGCUGACGACACUGCGCAGAACCUGCUGCCAGACUCAAGACGAAGAUGCUUGUUGAGGAGUCACCCACCAGCAGACGCAGUCUGUCGCACAUCUUUAUACAGUGGGUUACACUGGGGCUGUACCUCAUCCUACUAGCUGCAUCCAGGGGGAUCGGGGUCUGUCAGAAUAUGCUCACAUGGCUUGUCCAACAUGCUACAUGUCACGGAAGCGUAUAUGGAAUGAUAAGUAACGACGAUGUAGUCGUAAACAAUUCUCGGGUGGUGAGAGUUGAAAGUCUGCGGUCAUUUCUGAAAGGUUCACCAUUAAAAAUGCAUAACGUCUUCAAUAUGUCGGAAGGGAAAUGGAAUGCGGCCGACUACUAUGGCAUCGCGGAAAAUGGCCAUGACAUAAUCACCGAACAACCCAUUUCGGAAAUUAAAUGUAUGCAUUGCAAGGCAGGAAUAGAUGACGAUCAAUCCCAUACUGGUUAUCAAAGCAUCCGCUCGUUCCGUGACACUAUUCGGAAGAAUCACAUGGUACCUCCAGGCGAUGCCUGUACCUUGAUGUCUGCCUGUGAAGACGUGCCUGCCUUGCCGGAGAGGUGUAUGCAGUGGUUCCUCCUGAACUGCAUUGCAAUGGUGGCAAUAUACGAGCUUCAGAUGAUAAAUUUCAGAAACAUUCAGGACCCGGAGUUCAAGACCGAUGCGCAUGGAUCGUCUUUCAGAAACAUGGUGAAUUGGGAAACGGAUUUUGCUUCAAAGAAACCUUGUGUGUCGUCCAGCGGUGCUGGUUCCGAGCUGAAAAACCAGUCAGAUAUGAAAAGCAGAAAUCAGGUGUCAGAUUCCUGUACAAAUAUGAUCCAGGACACAGACACAUCUAAUGUACCAAAACAUCCCAGAAACUCGGACACGCACCGUCAGGAGGGUGAACAUGGAUAUCAUUCUGCGGCUGCAGCACCAAGGCCUGGUGAUACAUCGCGAUGCUUGUGGAACGUCACCGAGGUUAUCAAUAACGUGUCAGAGACAGAUUCUAACGUGAACAAGGAUGACAAGCCAGAAGGCUCAGACAAUCGGGCUGAUGGCAUGGACGAGGCUGAUGGCAUGACAGUUAGUGACAAGAGGGAGUCAGAGAUGCGCGUUGACGACAAGAGAGAAGGUUCAACCAGGCAUGUCGGUGGCAAGAAAGAGGGUUCAGACACUCAAAUUGUUGGGAGGAGUGGGGGCUCGGAUAGCAAAGCUGGCCUGACACAAGAUGAUAUAGAGGUGCAAGCUGAUGGCAAGCAAGAACGUUCAGACAUACAAGUUGAUAGCAGGCUAGGAGGAUCAGACAUGGAAGUUGAUAGAACGCCGGAACGUUCAGAUAUACAAGCUGGGAGUAUACCUGAAACUGAUGUCUACACUUUGACAGGGGCAGAUCAAAUCCCAAACAUGAAAACAUGCCUAAAGAAACCGAAAAAGCAGAGGAAGGGAUCGACCCACUGUUGCGUAAGCGCCAGGAUUUUAUCUGGUCUCCUGAGGAUGUAUAAACAGAAGCUCCGUACCUCGAUGAUUUACAGGUUCAGAGAUCGGAGAAAACGUUUUUUCGUCAAUCAAGGAAAACGUCCUCAGCCGUUUCGAGGAUCCAAGAACAUUCCCUGCAGCACCUCAGGGGAAACAUGGAGUUUCCAGUUCCUUUCCACGACAAGAUCACUGCCCAGGUCCUCACACACGUCUCAAAACUUCGAGACGAACAGACAGACGGAAGAAGCAUUUUUCAAAGGGCAAGGUCACCACCGAUGUGCAGGUAAUCCCAAAGCUUGCUCCGACUUUGUUGAGGGGCUAUUGUAUCAAGCUGGCGACAACACCAAGACAUUCAAACUGAAGGAGAAACUGAAGUUCUUGCUCCGCCCAGAUCAACAAUUGUGUGAGCUCCAGACAGUGAAAGGUCUCGCCAUGCACUGUCUACCAAAGAAGGAACCAUGGGAAAUACAGAGACUUAUGGAGAUAGAGAGAAGGGGGCGCCCUCACGAGACAUGUGUGGACCACGUGCUGCAGGAACUGGUAGCGCACGGACUGAAGGUGGGACACGUUGUGCAGUACUUCUCUCAACACGACAGCCGGCGACACGACGUCGUCCGGGUCAUUGAGAAGAUACACGUGGACUGCGAGUUCUGCACCUGCCUCUACAACUGGUGACUACAACUGAACGUCCGGUAUAUAACCACACUUUCCUUAGUCCUGUCACAUUUCUUUAGUAGCAAGUCGUCAUCAACUCUUCUGAAUAGACUGGUUUAUUUGAAAAACCUUUAUUCAUCACCAUGUCAGUUUCCAACAGAAUAAAAUGGCGGGGGUAGCCCAGAGGUUAAAGCGUUCGCUCGUCACGCCACAUGGUAUGUAUUCUGGCCCCUGACGUGAUAUGGCUGGGAUAUUGCUAAAAGAGGCGUUAAACCGCUUGAGUCAUUUUCUAUCGGUCCUGGCGAUUAUUUUUUCACUCGAUAGAUAUUUCCAGGACACGGGUUCCCGUCAUUGGUUCAGUUAAGAGCUGGUGUCUAGAGACGUCAUCCAGGGUCUAGUUUGGUGCCGGGAUUCGGUAUGAUCUCUUUUAAUCAUAUAUUUUAUGUUUCCUAUUUUCUUCAAGAUGGUUCAGGUGUUUUCUUUCAUCCCUCUAAUGUGCUGUUUACUCAGUCUGUUGUAUUUACUUUGCUGUUGUACCGUAACGGUAUUUAUUAAUGUUUAUUUUUCUGGUUCUUAUAUACAUGUAGCUGAAAAUAUUGCGGAUUUUAUUUAUUUAUUAUAUUCUUGCUCUUAACUGUUCCUUGGAGUAGUGGGACGGUGGGGUAGCCUAGUGGUUAAAGCGUUGGCUCGUCACGCCGAAGACCCGGGUUCGAAUCCCCACAUGGGUACAAUGUGUGAAGCCCAUUUCUGGUGUUCCCCGCCGUGAUGUUGCUGGAAUAUUGCUAAAAGCGGCGUAAAACCAAACUCAGUCAGUCAGUCAGUCCUUGGAGUAGUUUUAGGUGUAUUUUCAAAAUGAAGACGUGCAUCCAUGAGAACGCUUUUAUAAUCACCAUAUAGAUUCUGAAAACAGAUUUUCAGCAACAUUCGCUAACUUAGUUAUGAUUAAUCAGAGUUCAGUAUUCACAUAAACCUAUGUCCUGGAGUCAGUGGUGUGAGCAUAUCCAAGACAGUGUUCCUUGUUAAUGUUCGUUGAUCAAUACAAUUGCGAAGUUAUCUAGACGUUUUCAUAUUUAGCGACACUUUCUAGCUUAUUAGUUAGAAUAUAUGCGUUACAUACAGGUAGGUAGAAGUAGUUUAAAUUGUUUCUGUUGAGUUUUCAAUGGGUAGUUAUGUCCGUGCUUUCACAAGGGAGAUAACUGUGUUUCAUGAAGGGUUUGGGUUUUCCUGGGUAUGACACAUAUGUUACUUUAUACUUUCCACAGUAGUGCGCAAUCGUCACUGAUUAAACAUCUUAUAGUUUGUAAUGUUCAGCUGUAUAUGGCUGAGAAUAAAAUAAAGUGAGCAGUAUUCCAAUGUUCGUAGAAGA